UUUGUCUAGAGCAGACCGACCAUAUGUUUGCCUCCGUCGAUUUAUAAGAAGGACUCUUCUCUUUGGCUACCCGAGAGCCGGAAAUUUGAUCACAUGUACAAGGGUUUCUUCACUUCAUCUGCUCCAACUAACCCUUCUGCUCGGGCGUCUGCUUCUAGUUUGGCAAUUACUUCUCCAGAGCCAGUCCCUUUGAAUAAGGCCUUUGGUCCUCGGACAACCCGCCUUAAGAAGAUGGCUCACAAGAGGGCUUCUGAUGCCAGUCCUUCCACUCCUUGCCUUUCCAAAAGGCUUCAUGAGGAUCCUGCGGUUGUUGACGUUCUCGGUACCGUGGCUCCUGGCCAUGCUGCCUCCUCCAGGCCGGACUCAGACUUGGACGACACCCUCCCUUUGUCUGCAAGACUUGUGAAGAUGUGCACCCCUCGUAUAGCAGUUCUAGAUGACGAUGAUGAUGAGGCUGAGUCCUCCGAUCAUUUUUGUGACCUUAUUCCACGCACGCGUCGUCAUCGCCCUACCGUAGCUGAAGAGGAGCACUACCUUGGUGACGAGUUUAUUGGGGCUCACCGUUCUGAUGUUGAGAUUGUUGGAGGGACUGAUGCCACAGAAAUUGAUGUCGCGGGCCAUGCUUCUAGAAGCGAUGUAGAGAUGAGGUGCGCCUCUGGGAAUGGUGUUGAGGUGGAUGUGCCAGAGAUCUCUGAGACUCGCUCUGGCACUUAUGGUGAUUCUCAUCCUCCGGCCCUCCUUCCUUCUUCAGGGAUGACUGCUACUGUUCAAGCUUCAUCAGACAUUGAGAUCGAUCAGGUGGUCUCUACACGACCAAGUGACUUUGUUGAUGCUAGGAGUCCUUCAGUUGCCCCUGCUUUGCAUAUUGAUCCUCCCUCUAGUAAUCUUUCUUUCUGAAGUUUGUCAUUUACUUAUAUCUGUGAGAAAUCUUUACUUAAAUGACUUUCCUGUUCCCUACCUCUAAUAAGGCCUUCUUAUCUUUUCUUCAGUGUUAGCUGCUAACGGGGUCUUGCCUUCACCUACCUCAGACUCUGCUCCAGUGUUAGCUGCUACCGGGGUCCUGCCUUCACCUGCCCCGGACUCUGCUCCAGUGUUAGCUGCUACCGGGGUCCUGCCUUCACCUGCCCCGGACUCUGCUCCAGUGUUAGCUGCUACCGGGGUCCUGCCUUCACCUGCCCCGGACUCUGCUCCAGUGUUAGCUGCUACCGGGGUCCUGCCUUCACCU